AUGUCUGAGAAACAACUUCCCACGAUCCUCACCCAGCUUCCUGAAGAUCCCGACCGUCGUCGUUACUCCAAGGAGGAGCUGCAGGAAUACUUCACACGAAUCGAACUCUCUCAGAAGUAUCUCGACUCGCCCAUACUAUCGAACGCCGAGCUUGCCGCAACAAAGGAACAUGGACUGCCGUUGCUGGAAGCACUAUGCCGCCAUCACACCAGUAACGUACCCUUCGAAAAUCUCAUCCUCCACUACUCUGCCAGCAAGAAAGUUACCCUGGAGCUUUCGGAACUGUAUGACUGGGUUGUCCAAAAGCGACGUGGGGGCCGUUGCAUGGAGAACAACAGUUUCUUUGGCACCGUGUUGCGCUCCAUCGGCUACCAGGUGCGCAAUUGCGCUGGCCGUGUUUCUAGAGCCAUGAGUCCGUUUCCUGAGGUCCGAAAGAACCAGGCGAACACGUAUGAUGGCAUCAACCAUAUGCUGAACCUCGUUCGCUUCGGCGAAGAGUGGUAUGUCGUGGACGUGGGUAUGGGCGCUAUGGGCCCAAAUAUGCCUUAUCCCCUGGUCGAUGGCUUCUCCACCACCAGCAUUGCACCCAGAGAGAUACGCCUCCAGCACCGCGCAAUCAGCGAAUCCUGUGGCGGAGACGCUGCGCCAAAACUCUGGUGCUAUGACGUUUGCUAUGAUCCCAGUCAUGGCGAUGACAACAAAUGGAUACCUACCUAUUGCUUCACAACCGCAGAAUUCUUGCCGCAGGAUUAUGAGGUCAUGAGUUGGUUUACGAGUACGCAUGGCAAUUCGUUCUUCACGCGCUAUGUGACGACGACGAAGAUGAUCAAUGAUAAGGAGACAGAGAAGAUUGUGGGCAGUGUUACGCUGUUUGUGGAUACGAUCAGGGAGCAGAGGGGUAGUGAGCGCAAGGUUAUCAAGGAGUGCAAGACCGAGGAAGAGCGAAUUGGGGCGUUGAAAGAAAUCUAUGGAAUUGAGUUGAAUGAGGAGGAAAGGAAUGGUAUCUCUGCUGGAGUCAGAUUGGCCUAG